UUGAGAAGAUUCGACUCUGAAAGAAUGAUUCAUUCACAAAACGGGCAUCGUUAGAAACACGUGGUUUUGUAACCUGGAGAACCGUCCUACGUGAAGCUCAACAAUGGGCAGUGUGUUGGCUGCCAGUGCCCCCAGCCCACCUGCACCAGGGCCAGGUGGCCAAGGUUUGGUGUCAGUACCACCAGGAUUCACGAUGCCCUCCGUCUCCCCCGUCUCUGUGCCUGGCAGCUCUUCAUCUGGGCAGCAGGAGGCUGAGUCUCCCCUUCCAAACCCUGGUGGCUUUGAAGAGUGCCAUCGCAAAUGCAAAGAGGUGUUCCCUAUGCAGAUGGAGGGUGUUAGACUAACAGUGAACAAAGGUUUGAGCAACCACUUCCAGGUCAACCACACAGUGUUGUUGAGCACUCUAGGAGAUUCCAGUUACAGGUUUGGAGCUACAUAUGUGGGGACCAAACAAACAGGACCAGCAGAGGCCUUUCCAGUCAUGGUUGGUGACAUGGACAACACAGGGAGCCUAAAUGCACAGAUCAUUCAUCAGAUCACAGACAAAGUGCGCUCGAAAUUUGCCUUCCAGACUCAGCAGCAGAAGUUUGUGAACUGGCAAGGAGAUGCUGAAUUCAAGGGGAAAGAUUUCACUGCUGCCGUGACCUUGGGCAACCCAGACGUCUUGAUGGGAUCUGGAAUUGUUGUUGCUCAUUAUCUCCAGUCUGUCACGCCGUCGCUGGCUUUGGGAGGAGAGCUGGUGUACCACCGACGACCCGGAGAGGAGGGAACAGUCAUGUCUCUGGCAGGCCGUUAUACAGGCAGCAACUUUAUCGCCACACUGACACUAGGAGGAGCUGGAGCUCAUGGAUCGUAUUACCACAAAGCCAAUGAUCAGUUGCAGGUUGGCGUGGAGUUUGAAGCAAGUACCCGUAUGCAGGACACUAGUGUAUCAUUUGGAUACCAACUGGACGUCCCCAAAGCCGAUCUGGUCUUUAAAGGUUCUGUAGACAGUAACUGGGUUGUUGGAGCCACGCUUGAAAAGAAGCUACAGCCUCUGCCUCUUUCCCUGGCUCUCUGUGCUUUCCUUAACCACAGAAAAAACAAGUUCCAGUGUGGGUUUGGCAUCACUAUUGGUUAAACCUACCUUCUCUCUUGGUUAAUUCUGCAGUUUACACACCAGUACCAUUGCUGGUGAUACAGUAAAGAUUGGACACACUUGCAUACUUAUCAACCUCUGUAUAAAACCAGUCAGUAAAUAUGAAACAAAACAAAAUAAUAUUUGUUGUUAGUUCCAUAUAUCAGACCAACCCUUUUUGUUAUUCUUGUAAUAUAAGCAAAAAUCAGUGCUAAUUCCAAUAUCCAAAAAAGUACAUUUAAAGAACAUCACUACUGCCUGAUGCAUUAUAAGAGAAACCAAGAAGAAAUACACAUACACAAACAUAAAUUUGCCUUUCAUUUUGUUGUUUAUGUUCAUUUUUUUAAAUUUAUAAAUUAUUUCUUUGUUUAUUUUUUAUUUUGUGUUUGAUAAAGAGGUUUUGGGUUAGUUUACUUUCCCUAGGCGAUGAUCAGGGAUUUUUGUCACAAUGAAACAAUUUGUGCUGGAUCUAUGUGCUCAUGUAGGUACCUAUAUAAAUAAAAAAUAUGCAUUGCAAGUAUUGUGAAACAAGGAUAAAUUCUUAAAACAAAACACAUUUAUCAAACCGAGAUGCAUGUUCAUGAAUGUUUUUCCUCUGUCUCAAUUCUUUUAAUACGUUUGUCUGAUAUCAUUAAAAAAAAUCAUGAAAAUAUUUAAAAAAUCAUCAGAAUUCAUGUGCUAUAUUCUGAUCUAAUCCCAAAUCUAUAUUUUCCACAUUAUCUUUUUUUCCUACCACAUGCAGUGCCUUCAUAAACACUUUAUAAAUAUGUAUAUUGUGUAUUGCCUAAUGACAUAUGCACACCAAGUAUUAAAGCAGUUUGUGUAUGAUUAAAAGUAUAAAAGACUAAUUAGACAUAUUGAAUGGGUAUAAUAUGUCUUUAGCUGAUAUGACCGCUUUACUUACGUAAUGCUUUUUUUAAUCCAGUGAUCCUGUUUUUUUUUUUUAAAGUUAGGUUAGGAUGAAUACAUGCCAGAAUAUUCUAAUAUAGAAAAAUAAAAAAUACAAAAUGGA